UCUCAUAGGCUGAAGAAAUCUUUAUGCAUAAGCAUAACUGACCCUAUCUUUCUUCCACAUCCUUCCCUUCCGCUGCUUCAAUCACAAAAAUUUAAGAUAAAAAUGGUGUCUUUAGUAAAGCAACCUCUUCUUUCUUUGCUUCCUAGCUGUAAUGCUACAACCCAAUCCCCAAAACAAUACCCAUUUGCUAAUACUCCCUUCAAAUCCUCUCAAUCCCACUUUCAUGGCCUCAAGCUCACUUUUUCAAACCCUUCUUCUUCUUUGACUCCAUUGAUCAGCAAGACCUCUGUCAUUGUAUCUGCCAAGGUUAACAAAGGCUCCGUUCCCCCCUCCUUCACACUUAAAGAUCAAGAUGGUAGGAAUGUGAGCCUCUCCAAGUUCAAAGGCAAGCCUGUUGUCGUCUAUUUCUACCCUGCUGAUGAAACCCCUGGUUGCACCAAGCAGGCAUGCGCAUUCAGGGACUCGUAUGAAAAAUUCAAGAAAGCAGGAGCCGAGGUUGUUGGGAUUAGCGGUGAUGAUGGAGUGUCACACAAGGCAUUUGCAAAGAAAUACAGACUCCCAUAUACCUUGCUGAGUGAUGAGGAUAACAAAAUCAGAAAAGAGUGGGGAGUUCCUUCUGAUCUUUUUGGUACAUUGCCUGGUCGACAGACCUAUGUUCUUGACAAGAAUGGAGUGGUUCAACUUAUCUACAACAACCAGUUUCAGCCUGAGAAGCAUAUUGAUGAAACCUUAAAGUUCCUUCAAAGUCUUUGAACCAUGCAUGUCACAGGCACAGAGCUUGUUCUUUUUAAAUUUCUUUUUGUGAUGGUAGACAAAGAACCAGCCACGUCUAUCUUAUGUUGAGAAUAUAUAAUUCAUUAAGAUAUCGA